AUACAGAAGCUAAAAAAGCAAAAACUGAAGAAAAUGAAUCUGUGGAGGUAGAAGAUGAAGAUAAGCAGGAUUCUGGAGAGAAGGAAGUGGAAGAGGAGGAGGAGGAUGAAGUACCAAGUUUACCAUCAGGUUUAACAGGUGCUUUUGAAGACAAUUCUUUUACUUCCUUGGCUGGUAUUGUCAGUGAGAAUACACUGAAAGGCAUAAAUGACAUGGGUUUUACCCAUAUGACUGAAAUUCAGCAUAAAAGCAUUAGGCCACUUCUGGAAGGCAGGGAUAUUUUAGCAGCUGCGAAAACGGGCAGUGGCAAAACCCUUGCGUUUCUCAUCCCUGCAAUAGAGCUCAUCUACAAGCUAAAAUUCAUGCCUAGAAAUGGAACAGGUGUCAUUAUUCUUUCUCCUACUCGAGAGCUUGCUAUGCAAACCUAUGGGGUUCUUAAAGAACUUAUGAAUCACCAUGUUCACACCUAUGGCCUGAUAAUGGGGGGCAGUAACAGGUCAGCAGAAGCACAGAAGCUUGGAAAUGGAAUCAAUAUCAUUGUAGCAACACCGGGAAGACUGCUGGAUCAUAUGCAGAACACUCCAGGUUUCAUGUAUAAGAACUUGCAGUGUUUGGUAAUUGAUGAGGCAGAUCGUAUCUUGGAGGUUGGAUUUGAAGAAGAAAUGAAACAGAUCAUAAAGCUUCUACCAAAGCGCAGGCAGACAAUGCUUUUUUCUGCUACACAAACCAGAAAGGUUGAAGAUCUGGCAAAGAUCUCUCUGAAGAAAGAGCCACUGUAUGUUGGGGUUGAUGAUAACAAGGAAACAGCAACAGUAGAUGGUCUUGAACAGGGGUACGUAGUGUGUCCAUCUGAAAAAAGAUUCCUUCUGCUCUUCACAUUCCUCAAGAAGAACCGGAAGAAGAAACUAAUGGUGUUUUUUUCCUCAUGUAUGUCAGUGAAGUACCACUAUGAAUUACUCAACUACAUUGAUCUGCCUGUUUUGGCCAUUCAUGGAAAACAGAAACAAACCAAACGUACUACAACAUUUUUCCAGUUCUGUAAUGCAGAAUCUGGAAUACUGUUGUGCACCGACGUAGCUGCCAGAGGAUUGGAUAUUCCUGAAGUUGACUGGAUUGUCCAGUAUGACCCUCCAGAUGAUCCAAAGGAAUAUAUUCAUCGUGUUGGUAGAACUGCCAGAGGCAUAAAUGGCAGAGGACAUGCUCUGCUCAUUUUACGACCAGAGGAAUUGGGCUUUCUUCGGUACCUAAAACAAGCCAGGGUACCACUAAGUGAAUUUGAAUUUUCGUGGUCAAAAAUUUCAGACAUCCAGUCUCAGCUGGAAAAACUGAUUGAGAAGAACUACUUCCUUCACAAGUCAGCCCAGGAAGCAUACAAAGCUUACAUUAGAGCUUAUGACUCCCAUUCUCUGAAGCAGAUCUAUGAUGUCAAUAACUUGGAUCUUCCCAAAGUCAGCCUUUCGUUUGGUUUUAAAGUUCCUCCCUUCGUUGACCUCAAUGUGAACAGCAACCAUGGCAGAAGACUGCAGAAAAGAGGUGGAGGUGGGGGAUUUGGUUACCAGAAAUCAAAGAGUGUCCACAAAGCUAAAAUCUUCAAACACAUUAGCAAGAAAUCGGACGGUCGACAGUUUUCUCGUUAA